UAUUAUUAUUAUUAUUUUAUUAAUUUUUUGAUAUCUGAAUUGUUCGUAAAAAGACGUAUCCGACUAUUCCCUGAAUGCAGCAUAAUUUUCAACGGGAUUCUCUUUUUCAACACCCGAACAGAUGCAGUUCAAGGACUCCUGCAGGCAGCACGACCCUCACUGUUUUUCUGACGCGAUUGAAGGUCCAACAUCCGCUGACCUUGUGGACAGAUUACUGGAUGAAAGCAGUGAAUACACUCACAAACUUAGAGCUUUGAAGUACAAAUCCAGUGCCAUGGAAUCCCACAAGACUGAUUGCAUUACGAUCCUGUACUUAUCUUAACAAUGGUAUACAUGAUUUUAAACAAAAUUCAUGCUUGGCUCUUGCCUCCUGUAUGAGAGAAUGGCUUGUGAAGCUAUAUUAGACCUUUCUUUUACCUAAAAUAAGGUUUGGAAGUUAAAAACUGCAAGGUGUAUUGGAAAAACAUAACAGCACGUUUUUCCCCUCUAUUGUGGUGGCCAACCAUACAAGAGAUUAUAAUAUUGAACAUGACUCAUGGGGAAGAGCCUGGCCCUGAAACACACCAGGAUUCUGCUGUAUUAACAUAUCUGGAAGGCUUACUAAUGCAUCAGGUAGCAGGAGGACAGGGUGCGGCAGCAACACAAAGUGGAAACCAAGAGCAGAGGAAUAAGGAUGGGACAGGGCAUGCACAGCCUAGUCAUGGCACUCGACAUGAGCAGAAUCGAACAAAUUCCCACUGUGGAGCCUCACAACACCUUAGAAAGGCUCGUCUCCUCAACUCUGAGACCUGGGUGGAGAGUGAGACUCAACGGAGGUCAGCAACCUCCGUUGCAAUCAAUGGGCAAAGUGAAGAACACCACAGUGGCCACAAUGGUACCUCCCAGGAUAAAGGAGAGAGUACGCUUCUAGCUAGUUUGCUGCAGUCUUUCAGUUCUCGACUUCAAAAUGUGACCCUGCCACAGCAGAUUAUCCAAGGUUUGAGGCCACUGGAUGCCCCCUGCCAGAUAAGCAAGCCUGCACAAGAGGAGAGGGCAGAUGUGCCUUGCCACAGACCUGCCUCGAGCCACCUCAAAGGGUUAGUGAGCAAGAGCAAAAUGCAUAAUCACAGCAACAGUGUGCCUUAUCAACGUCAACGGCCUAGCCAGGAAAGUUUUUCAGAAUCUCCCAAGGCACUGCAGAGCAGUACUCCCUCCCCAUCUCCUGAGUCUCUGUCUUGUACUGAGCGCCUAAAGGCUGUGGCAAACCUGGUAAAUAUCAGAUCAAGCCCUGCUCCAUCUCCCAAACCAAGUGUGGCUUGCAGUCAACUGGCUCUGUUGCUCUCCAGUGAGGCCUACCUGCAAGAGUACUCUCGAGAACAUGCCCUGAAAGCCCAACUCUCUGGACGAUCAGCCAGUGAAAGACUAUCAGCCAUGGCCACACAGCAGACACAAGAUAAACAACCUACAACAUCUGGCCUGACUCAUGGACUAAGCCUCUUAGACACAAAGAAUGGAGUACUUUCAGAAAUGUCAACAAGCUCCAGUAGACAGAGUCCAAGCCUAACUUCAGGGCAAAGGACAGAAGGUUCCAUACAGACAGGACAUUGCUUUAGAGAGCGACGACCUUUCGAGAAACAAGGACGACCAGCACAGAACUGCAGUAGUCUUCUACUUCAGCUUCUAAACAGUCACAACACCUCACAGCGAAUUAAUGGACAAGGUCACUUGAAAGAUGACUUCAGUACCUUUGGCACUCUGGCCUCUCCGCUUUUUUCAGACAGCGAGCACUCAAACCCAGAAAGCAGUCUUACAAAAGACAGCAGUGAUGCUGAGAGCUCUUACUCUGGUUGUUCUCCUAUCGACCUUUCUCUGAAGACAAGAACAAAUGUACAAACACCAGAAUCUACUUCAUCCUCACCUGUACGGGACAGAGUACCAGAGUCUUUGUUAAACAGGUGGAAGUAUGAGAGUCCACUUGUCAAAGUUAUCUCAGAUCGCAGGGAGGUGGACACCUGUUCAGAGAUGAAAUCUAAUCACAAGGUCACUCUUUUGCAGUUGCUCUUGGAUCACAAAAACAAUGAGAGAGUAAACAAAGGUCUGGAUCAUCCAGAUUUGCAGCAAGCUGUAAUCCCUAAGGUCACAAGUUCAUCUACAAGUAGCCAGAGUGUUUUCAGUACAGUUAGAUGUAGGGACAUAAGUGACCUUAGCGGACAUUCUGGAUUGAGUUGUAGGAGUCCCAAACUCUUGCCACCUUACUCUCAAAGCAGAGACUCCAACAGCAGUACAUCUCCAUAUACACUUUAUGGGUCUCCCCAUUCUCAAUCUGUCCCAUUGGAUUUCUGUAAAAUAAAACAACCUGCAAGUGAUGUAGGAGUAAAAGAACCUGCCUUUAGUGCUAGUAAAUUGUUACAGAAUUUAGCUCAGUGUGGAAAACAAAACCCUGACAUCUCUCCUCCAGUAAAGGCACCUUUACCCCCCAUCAAACUCAUGACCCAAGAGCUAAACGUUAACCAUCCUCCAACUUUAAUUGAGAGACUCAAUGCACCAAUUCAGAGAAAUAACACACUGUGGGAAGAGGCCAAAGCAAAAACAUCAGCUGUGCCUGAAGCAACACAGAAUGACUCGGAGAUAGAGAAUCUGCUUGAAAGACGUACAGUUCUACAACUUCUUUUAGGAAAUUCUCCUCAGAAAGAAAAGGUAGCUAGCAAACAAAAACGAGAACAUGGCAAGAACAAUUCUGUGGAAAAACCAACACAUCAGGCAACUGGCCAACCAAAUGGUUCUGCUUUGGAUAUUACAAUUAAAACUGAACCUGUUGAAGAGGGUCAUAUGUAUGACUAUAACAUAAUGUCAAAGAAUUGCCAGAAUCCAGAAUUGGAGCCUAGAAAAUGCUCCAGUUAUCAUUCUCAUGAAAACAUCAAACAAGAACCAUUGUCCCCAGAGGUUCCCAUCAGAAAUGGUCUUCUGUGUCGUCUUCUAAAGAAACGACCCAACAACACCCUUAAGCCAAACAAAUUAGAGAAUCUAAACAAGAGUUGUGUCAAAGAAGAAUCAGUUGAAACCCAGGGACCAACAAUCCCAAAGAAGCGGAAAUUUUCAAUAGAACUAGAAUAUUAUAACUCCUCGACUCAGCAGACCGGGGAUUUGGUACAUUCUGGUAACACAAAAGAAGACAACAGUGGUUGUUUUGCCUCCAGAGAUCUAGAGACAAGAGAGGCCAGAGACCCAUCUAGCCCCCCAGAGGCAGAUAGUCCACCAGCUAGGUUUCCACCAUAUGAGUCUGACGAAAACCAAAGUUUCAAUGUUCUAAAGCAGCUGCUUCUUUCAGACAACUGUUUGAAGGAAUUGUCUCAGCCAAGGGGUACAUUCAGUUCACCAUCACAUACUGUGCUGAAUGGGAACACAAUCAAGCAAUCAUGUAAUGGAGAAAUUCAAAACUUUCACCUGAGUCCCAGCAAUGGAUCUUCUAAAAAAGCAAGUAGUCACAGGCAAGAAACUCCCCAUUUUACACAGCAAGAGCCUGCAAGGUCAAAAAUCAAUUACAGCACCACAAAAGAUUUGAAGGCCCCUGCAAAGAUGGUUAAUGCUAACGAUCAAACACAAAUGUAUGGGCCAGACUCACCUCGGUUUACAAAGACUAACCCUAUUUUGUACUAUAUGCUCCAGAGGAGCAAUGCACAACUGGUUAAAGAGGGGGAGAGGCUGGAGGUGGGCUCAGGACAAAUGCAGACUAAUGUCAAAAAUUUGUCAUCAGGUGAUACUGAGGCCUUUGAACUUUGAAACAAAAUUCACAGAAUUACAAUGGAACACUUAGUUGUGACUCACCAUGGCUAAACGGGUCAUUGAAGAAAUACAAGUUCUGAGACUGUGAACCAGCAUCUGUUCUUGAACUAGAAAAUUGCUUCUUUUUAUUCUCUGCUUCUUAUCUACUUUUGUUUCUAUUGAGGCAUUUUACAUUUUUCACUUUAAUUACAUGUCAUUUAGUUCACAAAAAGACCAGGAAACCAAAGUUCAUUUAAAUAUUUAUAAGCAUUACUUUCUGGCUGAUUUCUUUCAUACGUUCUAAGCUGCAGAGAAAAAUAAAUUGCCCUUAUGUAUUUGUAACAAUAUCAGUUCCCACUCUGUUUUCCACACAUGGGUAGACUUUUGGCCUCAGGCAGUGAGUUAUGAUGCACCAAUGCACAUGAUAAUCUGUAUAAACAGAUUGUGCCUCAGCAGUUGUUGGUGAAUAUUCUUCAACUUACCGUGCUGAAAUGAGGAAAUAACGAUGUGUUGUUACUUUGUCUAUGCCAUGAAGGCAUUAAAUGUCACAGUAUUUAUACAUUCAAAUAAAUUAAAUUGGUUGCCUUUUUUAAAAGAUAGGCAUCUCUUAUUGGUUCUGUAUUGUUCAGAUUAACUAACAACAACAUUAAAGCUAUAAAUUCAUUAUCAUGUUUGGAUAUGGAAUAUGAAUCCAUCAGUAUUACAACAUGAUAUCUUUAUAGUAUGUGAGGUGUGUAUACUUUUAUGUUAUCAGUAUCCUCUUUAAUUUCUCUCUCUCCCUUUGAAAACAAAGUUGUGAUGUGUUAUAUUCUUUAUUCUGCAUUCUCAGCAUUUAACUGUCAAGACAGAAAUGGAUUUUUACAAUACUGUAGAAGAUUAAUGAAAAUCACAAGAGUUACUACAAAUGUCUGCUUUUUGCUCAUAUGUUUUGUAUUGUGUAUUUUAUGAACCGGUCUUGGUAUCAGCAUGCCAUAAGAUGUUUGUUCUAUUAUGCAAGAGAUUGUUGCAUCGACUUGAGACAAAUCAGCCCAGUCUCAGCUGUCUGUCAUGUUAAUGGACACGUUGAUCUAAAUAAAAGGAGUGUUUGUGGUAAUAAGGCCAUUCCCACAAAAAUAUCUUUGCUUAUGUGAUGUUUUACAGUCUUACGUUUGACAUGUUGUUUUUCAUCAAUCUGAAAGACUCGUUAUAAACUAUAUUUAUGUAUAUAGCAUAAUCUUUAUGAGAAACAGCUAUUUUGUAGGAAUGAAAAGCAUUUUAGUUUUGAAAUUUCUUAAAGAGACUUCAAAGUAAAUGCCAUGUGAAUAUGUACUCUAGAGGAUGAUUUUUUCCUCCUUUUGCAUGUCUCCUGAUUAAACUAUGAUAAUCUGUUCUGUUAUAUCUUGUGUUAUGUCAGAUAUUUAGGAGUACACUGCUGCCUGUUGCAUGUAGAUGCAUGAGAAGGUUCCUAUGUAUUACUGAACAUGGGGAAAUUCAAAGUCUUAAGUAUAUAUCUAUAUUUUGUCAUGGAGCCCAGUACAUAAAAAUGUGAUCUGUAUGUUUGUCAUGAGAAAUCGACCGCUGGGCAAAAUGUUACAACUUUUGAAACAAAUGUGCAUAUGGAGAUAUUUAUUUAGUUUUUACUCAAUUUAAUUUUUUACAAGGAGAAAACCAAACAGGUUAAACAAUCAUGUUCCGUAUUGUACAGUACAAAGAUGGAUUACACUGACAUUUCAAAGUCUUCUAUUGGUUUUGAAAUAUUGUUUUGAUGCAGGCUAACUGCGAUGCAUUUGAGUAUAAUUGUGUAUCAUUAUUUCUAAAAAUGCAUUUCAUUUGGGUGUUUACUUGCACAUAUUUUGAAUAAAGUUCUGAAAUGCACAAUCAGAAUAAAACCUGU